CUUGUUUCCUGCCUAGCGCCAAAUUUAUUAAAUAAACCGAAACUUCCACCGCUUUCAAUCUCUCUUGCUCCUCUUUCACCGAAGAGAGCAAAAGCGAGGGAAAAACAUGUCAGAUUCACAGUCGAAUUCAGAGGUUUUCAGCGUUCGAAUUGUCUCCAUCGACCAUUACAUGGCACCGCCAAUCCCAGACGCCGAUAUCUGUUAUAGUAGCUUCCAUGGUGGAAAGGUGAAUGAGGUGCCUGUAAUAAGAGUGUAUGGUUCUACUCCCGCUGGCCAGAAGACUUGCUUGCACAUUCAUCGAGCUUUACCCUAUUUAUAUGUGCCGUGUUCAGAUAUACCACUCCAACUAGACCAAGGUGAUGCAUACACCUAUAAGGUGGCUGCUUCUCUCGAGAGAGUCUUAAAGCUUAAAGGCAGUGCUGGUUCAACAAGACAACAUGUACAUGGAUGCAGCUUUGUACGAGCAAGGAAAUUUUAUGGCUAUCAUUCAUUUGAGGAGUUAUUUGUAAAGAUAUACCUAGUAAGCCUUGACUGGUGCUUAAGAUAUUAUCCGCAAGAUGUCUCCCGUGCAGCUACUCUUCUCUUGGCUGGAGCUGUUCUUGAUAAAAGUUUACAGCCUUAUGAAUCACAUAUUCCCUUUAUUCUUCAGUUUCUGGUUGAUUAUAACUUGUAUGGCAUGGGUCAUUUGCACCUAUCAAAGAUGAAGUUCCGCCACCCUAUACCUGACACUUGUGAGAAAUUUAAUAUCGAAAGCCAGCAGCAGCAUAGAAAGGCAGAUACAGAUGGUCAUGCAUGUUCAGAGUCAAGAUUGUGGAUGUCUUCCAUGGUCCCAUCUGAGUGGAUGUGGUCUCUCCCAAACAAAUUCAGUGCCUUGUCAAAUGAUGAGGCUCACUGUCCUAAACGCCAAAGCACCUGUGAGCUUGAAGGAGAUACUUCUGUAGAUGAGAUUCUUAAUCAGCAGUUUAAAAUGUAUUCAUCUCUUUCACAAACAUGCUCAGAUGUCAACAUGGUUCAGUCACUUGUACCAAUAUGGGAGGAACAGCAGAAACGGACUGGAAUUCAGGAGACUACCAUGCCUUCUGAUCCUUGCAAACCACUUCCACAAGAUGUUAUGAAACUUUUCUCUGUUGGUCUUGACUUCGAGAAAAAAAUUAUUGAAUUGUGCUGUGAAGCUGAAACCUCUUUAUUUUGUACUCCUUCUGGGAAGGAAUUGAGAGAAACAGACAUAAUAGGAUCGGCAUCUCCACCAGCUUCAUUAUGCAAAAAUGCCUUGAAUUGUUGCAGAGAAACAGACAUAAUUGGCUCAUUAUCACCACCAGCUUCAUUAUGCAAAAAUGCCAAAUUGCAUGAGGAAGGGAAUGACACAAGUCUUGAAAUGUUGACCAUGGAUGAAAUCCGAUCAUCUGAAAUGAUUGGAACGUUGGACAUAAAGGCUGCUGAUAAGGAAGCACAAAAUCUUCUAAAGUGGCUUGCAACUUCUCAAGCUGCAGAGGAUAUAAACUCUGAUGAUGAACUUGUUUAUGAAACAAUCUUGACUCCCUUGUUACCUGCUGCAACAAUUGAUAAGGUGCUGGAAGAAGCUAAUAUGGCUUAUGAGAAUGAGUCCCAAAAGGAGUGUCAGGAUAUUCUUGAUUCAAUUGAUGAUAUGCAUGUGUUGGAGUUACCAGUGGAAAAGCGUUCUCAUUCCUUUGAUCACAAUGGUUCUAUUGGAGCUUCAUCAAACAGUAUGCUACCCCAAGUUGAUGGUUCUAAUGAUGAUGAGUUCUCAAGUCCACGCGGUGGUUUCUCUGGAACCUCUUCUCUAGUUGAGAUAAAUAGUGAAUACAAAAGGGCUUCUGAGUACCACGUACAGCACAAUACUGACACAAGUACAGUUAGUAAAGAUAAAAGGAAUAAACAAUGGGGGUCUUUGCCUUUUUCCAUGAUGGAUAAGGUUAAUGAUGUUGGAGAGCAUGCUACUUUACUUGAGACUCAUCCAUUUGAAAGUGAGACCGGAGAUUCUGCUCACUCAGGUUACUUAAACACUAAUGAGGUUAGAAAUAGUGCUUGUAUUAUAAGGAACAACGGCAAAGAUACUUCAGAUUCAAACUACUCUUUGCGGGAAUUGAUGAGGCGAAAGCGAUCCUAUCGUGUUGAACAAGCUGAAUUUGAGUCUGGAACUACUAAAAAGCUUCUUUUGGACAAGCAUAGGGAGCCAAAUACAUGCCUUUGGCAAAACCAACUGGAUUUAAAAACAGUGCAAACUGAUGAAGAAGAAAAGGAACACCAGAAGAGUUGUGGCCGCAAAGUUAGCAAUCAUGUUAAUUUAGUGCAUGGGAAACUGCCUCUUCCAGCUGUCAAUGAUAGUUUUUUACAAGCUACGAUGCCAAAAGGCGUAUGUUUUAGUCCGCAUGAAAUGGAAGGUGUAGAAGCAAGUAAAGUGUUGAGGAACUGUUCAAAGGGAGGGUCUUCUUUAAUGCAUGGUGGACCUGAAAAUUUUCAUUUUAUUGAUUCCAUAGACCAAUCUGUGGCUUGCAUGGGUGAAAACCAUAAAGUUGGCACAGCUUUUACAAAACCUAUGGCUUCUGAUGCCUGUACCCAAAAUCAUUUGUUAGACACUCGGUUAAGAACAUCUGCUGUUCAUACAGUCAGAGCUCCUGAGAGAAGUUUACAAACCAAUUCUUCUGCUUCAAGUAGUGUGCAGAGCUCAUUCAUUGAUAAAAAUUCUGGCAAAUAUAAUUGCAUGGGUCAAAGUUCUGAUGGAAACAUAUCUUUUGUGCAACAUGAUCAGAUGAUGUUUUAUGAGAAUUCCGUGGACAGAAGUGCUGCAAAUGAUAUGCAAGUAUUGUUAAGUGAAAAAGUGGAUAAUCAAAAGAUGGAUGAAAAUUUGUUGCAUGACACUAUUGGUUCUGAACCCACCGACCUAAAGGGUAGUCACAUGAAAUUAGCUGAAGGCAAGAACCCCCUGGAUGAUAAGAAUCUUGAGAGUACUUUGUCCUUGCCAACCACCUCUAAUACCAAUUUACAUUUGGAUGAGGACAGCUGUGAUGAAAUGCCAGGGAAUGCUCUGGAUGUCUUUCCUCCCAUUUCUGCGAGGGAUUCUCUGAAAGAGAUGGAAACUUGCAACAAGUAUGGUCCAAUUAAAACACUUACAUCUAAUGGGAUGAAGGGUGUCAUCACUCACUAUCAAAAUGAUGGCUCUCACCUCUACCUAUUAACACCUAAUAUUUUGCCUCCUCCUGCAGAUACUGUGCAUAGAUGGCUAUGUUGUGAUGAAAGAGAAAUAGAUGCAGAGGACAAGGGUGUACCUAAAUGUGCUACUGAGACUGCACCUCUUCUUAUGACUAAGCUGUAUCAAGAUGCUGAUACAGAAAAGAAGCCUCCAUGCACUGGAAAAGGACAAACAGAAAGAGUGAAAACAUGCCUAGAUGACUCGCAAGAUAUUUCUCAGAUAUCAGGUCCCGAUGGAAAAUCAAGUUUUACCCCUCUGAGUCAAAUUGGAUUUCGAGACCCUGCAAGUGUUGGCUGUGGACAGCAACUUACAUUACUUAGUAUAGAGAUUCUUGCAGAAUCUAGAGGAGACCUUUUACCUGAUCCUCAAUUUGAUGGCAUCAACAUUGUAGCUCUUGGUUUUCAGAAUGACGGUGAUUCUAUUGUUGAAGUUCUUGUUCUUUUACAUAAUAAAUCUGGUCCUUGUCAGAGAAGUUUCGAUGGUCUAUCUGGCUGUAAAAUAUUGGUCUUUACUGAUGAGAAGCUCUUGUUAAAAGAAUUUAUAAAGAUUGUGUCUUCAUCUGACCCAGAUAUUUUGAUGGGUUGGGAUAUUCAAGGGAGUUCUCUUGGCUAUCUAGCAGAAAGGGCGUCACAUCUUGGUUUGGGAUUACUUAAUAAUCUGUCUCGCACUCCAUCUGAGUCUUUGAUUGCUUCUGAAGAUACCAAAUCUUCAGAAAAAGAUAUCUUGGAACUGGACAUCCAUGAUACCCCUAAUCUUGAUUGUUGUGUGCCAGAAAAUUCAAUAAUUGAGGAUGAAUGGGGGCGGACACAUGCUAGUGGAGUUCAUGUAGGUGGCAGAAUUGUCCUCAACGUAUGGCGAUUGAUACGUGGAGAAGUUAAGUUGAAUUUAUAUUCAGUUGAAGCUGUUGCUGAAGCUGUAUUGAGGCAGAAAAUUCCUUCUUUUCACCAGAAGGUGCUGACAAAAUGGUUUUCAAGUGGUCCUGGACGUGCAAGAUAUCGAUGUAUCAAAUAUGUUACAGAGAGAGUAAAGCUGAACCUUGAGAUAUUAAACCAACUUGAUAUGGUGAAUCGGACAUCGGAACUUGCUCGUGUCUUUGGCAUAGAGUUUUUUUCUGUUCUCUCUAGAGGAUCACAAUACCGUGUUGAAUCCAUGUUUCUGAGGUUGGCCCAUACACAAAACUAUCUUGCCAUCUCACCUGGAAAGCAACAGGUUGCUUCUCAACCUGCAAUGGAGUGCCUACCCCUAGUAAUGGAACCGGAAUCUGGAUUUUAUUCAGAUCCUGUUGUUGUGCUUGACUUCCAGUCUUUAUAUCCAUCCAUGAUAAUUGCAUACAAUCUUUGCUUUUGCACUUGUCUUGGUAAAGUUGUGGCACAAAAGGCCAACACACUAGGGGUUAGUUCAUUCUCACCAGAGCAGCAUGUUCUGCAGGAUUUAAAGGAUCAAAUCUUGCUCACUCCGAAUGGUGUUAUGUUUGUACCUUCCAAGGUUCGAAGAGGUGUACUUCCGCGCUUAUUGGAAGAAAUCUUAACAACUAGAAUAAUGGUAAAACAAGCAAUAAAAAAGUUGGCACCUUCAGAGCAAGUUCUUCAGCGGAUAUUUAAUGCAAGACAGCUUGCUUUGAAGCUCAUAGCGAACGUAACAUAUGGUUACACUGCUGCUGGAUUUAGUGGUCGCAUGCCCUGUGCAGAACUUGCUGACAGUAUUGUUCAGUGUGGCCGUAGUACACUGGAAAAAGCUAUAUCAUUUGUAAAUCUACACGAAAAGUGGAAUGCUAAAGUUAUUUAUGGAGAUACUGAUAGUAUGUUUGUCCUCCUUAGAGGGCGCACUAUAAAAGAGUCUUUCCAAAUUGGAAAUGAGAUUGCUUCUGCUAUCACUGCUAUGAAUCCUAGCCCUGUCACCCUGAAGUUGGAAAAAGUUUAUCAUCCGUGUUUCCUCCUUACUAAGAAACGAUAUGUUGGCUACAGUUAUGAAAGCCCUGGCCAAAUUGAACCUGUUUUUGAUGCUAAAGGUAUUGAGACAGUACGCAGGGAUACGUGUGGUGCAGUUGCAAAGAUAAUGGAGCAGUCUUUGAGACUCUUUUUUGAGCAUCAUAAUUUAUUGGAGGUGAAGGUUUAUUUGCAACGUCAGUGGAAGAGGAUUCUUUCUGGCAGAUUCUGCCUUAAAGAUUUUAUCUUUGCAAAGGAGGUUCGCUUGGGUACCUACAGUGCAAGAAUCUCAUCACUUCCUCCUGCUGCAAUUGUGGCCACUAAGGCAAUGAGGGUUGACCCUAGGUCAGAACCACGUUAUGCAGAGAGAAUACCCUAUGUUGUAAUCCAUGGAGAGCCUGGAGCCCGCCUGGUUGAUAUGGUUGUGGAUCCAUUGGAAGUUUUGGCAAUUGAUUCUCCAUUUAGAAUAAAUGAUUUAUAUUACAUUAAUAAACAAAUAAUACCAGCUUUACAGAGGGUAUUUGGGCUUGUUGGUGCUGACUUGAACCAUUGGUUUUCGGAGAUGCCUCGCCCCAUAAGGGAAGCUUCUGUAAAGCAUACAUUAACUUCAAAUUUCCAUCGAACCAGAAUUGAUUAUUACUAUCUUUCAAAACAUUGUGUGUUAUGUGAUAGGUUGGUCCAGGCAUCAGCCCGUUUAUGCAAUCAAUGUUCUGAAAAUGAAGUAGCUGCUGCGACAGCACUGAUUAGUAAGACAUCGAAGUUAGAGCAAGAGAUGCAACAUCUUGUUGCUAUAUGUCACCAUUGUGGAGGAGGGGAUAGGCUUCUCGAAAGUGGUGUGAAGUGCACGUCCAUUUCAUGCUUGGUGUUCUAUGAGAGGCGGAAGGUUCAGAAAGAACUGCUAGCUGCCACCCAUGUUGCCGCAGACAAAGAAUUGUAUCCGAGAUGCACAGUGGAAUGAUAAUCCCUCACUCUGUUAGGAAUGGCUUAUGGAUAUCGUUAUCGUCCUUUCUCUCUUCUACUAACCAGAACCCUCCAUCUCUCUUCUUCCAUAAACCCUAAACCCUCUUUCUCUUUCUCACUCUCCCACCUUCUCCCCAAACCUCUCUCCACCACCCCAGACUCCAACCCCAAACCCUCUUCCCUCUCCGCCCGUCUCAGCUUCGUCUUCGACCAAAUCGACGCCAUCGAAAAAGAGCGCUCACAAAAGCACGAAACGCUUCAGCGCAUUCGAGCCUGGCGCCAAUCCAAGGACACUCCCUCUCCGCCCCCUCAAAAUGAAGCCCAGCCGGAGUCGCCACUCUCCGCCGUCGACAGCCCGCCGGAGCCGCCUCCCAAGAAGGAGCUGGAGUUCGUGCACCCGUGGCCGGAGUGGAUCCAGUUGAUGGAGACGCUCGUGCACCAGAAUUACUUCGACCACAGAAGGAGGGAUGAGGAUAAAAUGGUCCACGAUUUGGGGUUUGAUCCCCCCGAGGUUGCUGAAGGAUUCGAUUUCACUAACGAUUUCAAGAGCGUUCAGAUGGCGUGUCUCAAUUUCGGGAGGGACCGGUUUGAUAUUUUGAGGUCCUUGUCGAGGAAGGAUAUUCAACUUUUGGUUGGUUAUGGAUGCCCUACUGUGGACAAAAGGGUGGUUUUCUCUGCUAAACUUUUAAGGAAGUAUGCUCAUCUUGACGAAGGAGAUGUCUGUAGUUCCUGCAGCUUGAGAAACAAUUGUGAAAGGGCGUAUCUGCUAACAAACAAAGAGGAUGAGGCACGAACUCUUGAUGUCAUGCGGCUCCUGCUGACUUUUGGUUUUGAUCCUGUUGAUGGAUCAGUCAUCAAUAAGUCACUUCUAAGGCAGAAGUCUGUGAAGACAGUGGUUCGUAAAUUGCUUCAUGAGGUUGUCAAGCUGGGUUCAGUUCCCAUUGAUCCAAAUCUCCCUCCUCCAGUGUUUAAAAAACCACCACCAAAAGUGAAACAACCUCCUCCUCCUCCAAAGAGGCGUGUUGGACGGGAUGAUGUUGAGAUGAAAAAAGGGGACUGGCUAUGUCCUAAGUGUGAAUUCAUGAAUUUUGCAAAGAAUACGGUUUGCUUACAGUGUGAUGCCAAGCGUCCUAAGAGACAGUUGCUGCCAGGAGAAUGGGAGUGCCCCGAAUGCAACUUCUUGAAUUACAGGAGGAAUGUGGUAUGCUUUCAUUGUGAGUGUAAACGCCCACCUGAUGAACUUCUGGAGAAUAAAAUGCAAGAUAGAACACACAGUUCCAGACCUAUGUUAGAUAAGAUGCCCAGCCGACAAGAGGUUUCCAAUGCAUGGAAUUUUGACUUUGAUGACAAUGAAUCAGAUGGUGCAGAUGUAGCUGCUUUUGAGUAUGCAGAUACUCGUGCUAUAAAUGAAAAUUUCUCUUCAGAUAAUAAUGAUCGACAUGGGAAUCAUAGGGGGUGGGAAGAUAAUUUUGAGAAAAACAGAAUUGAAGGGUCCCCUGAAGGAGAAUAUAGACCUAGAAUGGGGUUUGAUGAUUUUGAAGAUGAGGAUGAUAUAGAUAGUUAUGAACUAGAAACUACUCAAAAUAGUAGUAGAAGAACUGAAACAUCUAUAAAUAAUUUCUCUGAAGCUGAAAACUUUUCAGAAUCAGAAGAUAUUGAAGGCAGUGAUGAUGAAAUGCAUGCACGCCAUAAAACAGCUUCUGAAAGAAGUGUACAGUCCCGGUCAAUUCGCAAAAAUACAUCUUUUUCAAGAUUCAAGGAUGAUGAACAUGAUUUUGUUACAGAUGAACAACUGUCCGUCCUUUCCAACUUCAAAUCUGGGCACGUUUCUGCUGCUGACCAAAAAAGAAAAGGCAGAGGAUCAGCCAAGAAAUUAAGCUUUGGUUCUGAAUCUGAGGAAGACAUUAGUGCUGGCUUAUACUCUGAUGAGGAUGAGGCAUAUUCAUUCAGAAAAAAUAAAGGGAACAAAUUUGAUCCAUCCAGACAAAAUAAGGGGAAUAGACAUGAUUCUGGGAGAAGCAGCUUUGCCAAAAACCGGAAAUCUGGAUCUAUUGGUGGUCGCCAAGCAAAUAUGUUCAGUUAUGAUUUUGAUGGAUCAUCCCAACAGUCUUACAGGAAUGGUAGGGGUUCUAAGCGAAAUGACCGAGGUUCUAAGGGAAAUGAUCGUUGGAAGAGUUUUGAUGAUUUUGACCGGGGUUCUAAAGGAAAUGACCGUUGGAAGAGUUUUGAUGAUUUUGAUGGUCCGUCUCGACGAUCAUAUGGUGAUGGCAGAGGGUCCCGAGGAAACAACCGUAAUGGAUCAUCCCGGCAGUCAUAUGGGAAUGGCAGAGGGUCCAGAGGAAAUGACCGUCAUCGGCAUAAAUUUGAAGACAGGGAGCAUGGCACAGGACAAUUUAAUAAAUAUAGUGUGGAUGAAAAGGGAUUUGAGGAAUUUAGAAAUAGUAGGCGUGUAAUUGAAAGAUAGCGACGCAACUCCAUGAACAAAAUUUUGUUUUUCAGUUCGUCGUUGCAUAUACUGCUGAUUGCUAAACUUAAAUGUGGUACAAGCCUCCAAAGAUCAGUCAGUAUCAUGAUAUCAUUUGAUGUUAAAAAUACUAUUCAUUUUAACCAUUACACUAUUUAUUAUGUUUAUUUUAUUAUUUUUGCAUUAUAUUUCAAGAUAUUCAUAAUCAAA